AUGAUCAAUCAAGAGUGGCGCCUUUUAUUCCCGGAGGCAUAUAAUGAGGUGUUAGCGCGUCUUCAUUCUGAUAAUUGCCCCUUGCUCAUUAGAUGCAAGAAGGAGGGGACUGCUAAGAAAGGUAACCGUCCUUUUCGAUUCCAGGCUGCUUGGUUAAUCCACCCCCUCUUUCGGAAUGUUAUUCAUACAGCUUGGAGUAAAGGAGCCCCAGAUGUUAUUAAGAGUUUGCUUGAAGUCCAAAAGGAUGCGCUUAAUUUCAAUAAAGAGAUUUUUGGAAAUGUGUUUGUUAAAAAGAGGGAGCUUGAAAGACAACUAAAUGAUAUUCAAGUGUCUCUGGAAAGAUGGGAAGACCCGGAGCAGCGGAUUAAAGAGCGAAAAAGGAACAAGAUUCAUGGAUUGUUUCUUGAAGAUGGCACUUGGUCUUCUGAGGCGACGGUUUUGGAAUCGGAAACAAACUCUUUCUUUCAAAAACUUUUCUCUACAAGGGAGGCAGUUAAUUUGGAUGCCAUGGGGGAAUUCCCUUGUCCUUCUCUUAGUAGAGAGGCCUGCCAAAAGCUUGUUGAACCAGUAGCUCUCGAAGAGGUGAAAAGAGCUAUUUUCGGCAUGAAUUCUUUCAAGACUCCGGGUCCAGAUGGAUUUCAAGCUCUCUUUUACAAAGAAUUUUGGGAAUCUCUUAGCAGUGAUGUGUGGGGCUUAGUGAAGAAAGCCUUUGCAGGUGAGAACAUCAGUGCGGCUGUGUUUGACACAUUCAUUGUUCUGAUCCCCAAAGUUGAAGCUCCGUCUUACCUGAAAGAUUUUCGUCCUAUUAGUUUAUGUAAUGUGAUUUACAAAAUUAUUACAAAAGUCCUUGUUAAUAGGUUUCGUCCUUUCCUUUCUGAGAUCAUUGGACCGCUUCAGGGUGGUUUUAUUCCAGGGAGAGGAACAACGGAGAAUAUAAUAAUUGCGCAAGAAAUAAUGCAUUUCAUGAGGAAAACCAAGUCGAAGAAGGGUUCUAUGGCAUUUAAGAUUGAUCUUGAAAAAGCCUAUGACAGAGUAGACUGGAGAUUCCUUGAAACUUCCUUGAUCAAAUUUGGUUUUCCUGUGGCUACUAUUAAUCUUAUCAUGGCUUGUGUGACUUCGUCCUCUUUGUCUAUUCUGUGGAAUGCAACAAAAACUCAGGUGACAGAGGUUAUGAAGACACUGGAUAUGUUUACUCAAGCGUCGGGACUGAAGGUGAAUAUCCAUAAAUCUAAGGCUCAAUGUUCCAAGAAUGUUUCAGCGAGAAGAAAAGAGGUGCUUUCAGAGAUCUCUAGUAUCCGAUUUUGUCAAGAUCUGGAAAGAUAUUUGGGAGUUAAUAUUGGUCAUGAUAGGGCUUCUAGGAAGAUGGCACAGGUGGUCAUUGACAAGAUACAGAGAAAACUUGCUAGUUGGAAAGGGUGCUUGCUUAACAAGGCAGGCAGACUUUGUCUUGUGAAUGCGGUGAUGGCUUCUAUUCCGGUUUACAAUAUGCAAGUUUCCCUUCUUCCGAAGUAUGCGUGCGACAAUAUUGAUUCUUUGAUGCGUCAGUUCUUAUGGAAAGGUCAAGCGAAUGGGAGAGGGUUGCCGUUGGUCAAGUGGGACAUUGCUAUAACUUCUAAGAAGGCAGGUGGCUUGGGUGUUAGAGAUACUCUCUGUGCGAACAUGGCUCUACUUGGCAAGUUGGUUUGGGAUUGUCUGAAUAAUGAGAACAAGUUGUGGGUGCAGGUUCUAACUCACAAAUACCUCCAGAACUCCAAGGACUUGGGCAGUAGUCAUUGUCACAAUGCCUCAACUACUUGGAGGAAUAUUCUAAAGGCUUAUGAUAUCUUAAAAGAAGGAUUUCGAUGGAAUAUGGGAAAUAUGCAACAAUCGAUUUGGUAUGAUGAGUGGAGUCCUCUUGGCAAACUUUGUGAGCUUACGUCUUAUGUUCACAUAUCUGAAACAAAUUUUUCUCUUGUUGAUUUGUGGAGCAAUGGUACUUGGGAGGGGGAUAAGCUUGUAACGCCAAUUUCUCAUGAGGUCAAACAGUCUUUUCACAGUCUUGGGCCUCCUUUAAUGUUAGAAUCGGAGCCCGGAUGGAUUUGGUGGCCCGCAUCACUAAAAGCCUAUAGCUCUCGAGAAGGUUAUCGUUGGCUCCUGACAAAGAAAGUGAAUUCGAUCGAAAAUAGCAACUGUGGGUGGAUUUGGCGCCUUAAUUUGCCAGAGAAGAUAAAGAUGAUGAUGUGGUUGGGUCUACAAAAUGCGCUUCUGACAAAUGCCUUCCGGUUCAAGCGUCAUUUAACUGAUUCGGACAGAUGUUCGAGAUGCAAUGCAGAUCUGGAAACAAUGGAGCAUUGUCUUAGGGAUUGUGAAAAAUCAAGAUGCAUUUGGCAAAUGUUGGAUCCUUUGCUUAUUGAUUCAUUUGAAGGUACUCCCUUGGAAUUUUGGAUUCGGAAGGUCAUGCCGGGCAAUGAGGCAAUUGUAGGGGCGGGUCUUUGCUGGGUGUGGAGGCAUUGUUGCAAUGAUAUUUUCAAUAAUGGAGAUCAGUGGUCAAACUAUAAGGUUGUUGCUAUGGCUCGGAUUACUGCUAAUGAUUUAAGAAAGUCUGCCAGUACCAAGUGUAUAACUUUCAAGGAUCGAAGGAGGUGGAAACCUCCAACAGAUGACACUUUUAAAGUUAAUUGUGAUUCGAGUCUGUUUUCUGAUUGGAACCUAGCAGGAAUUGGUUGUGUUAUUAGAGAUUCUAAUGGGCGUUGGAUUUCGGGUUGUUCUAGUAGCUAUCCUUCAGGGCCUAUCGUCAGAUAUUCUCUUGACAUUUUGCACAUUUUAAAAAAUCCGGCAAAUGGGCUAAAUUGUGAUGUGGUUGAUAUUCUUCAGAAGACACAGGAGCUUCUAUCAAGACCUUGGGUUGUGAAUUUUGAAUAG